UUAUAAUCUCAUCUCGAGUUCUGGUACCUGCAGGGGUGACAAUUUGGAUUAUUAUCAAGUGAUAAUGAUGCUUUCCCAGUGCUGAUUCAGGGUGUGAGUGCUGCAGGCAAAGAGAGAAAGAGAGACACCUCCAGUGACACUGACUGAGUGAGAGGCCAGACUGAACAGCUUGAUGGUGGUAAUAAGCUAAAGAAAACAGACUCAAGCCAAGGCCAAGAUGGAAUUACGACUGGGAUUUAGGAUCACCCUGGUCUUGGUCAUCCUGGUCUUGACUCUUUCCAGUGAGAAGGUAGAAGCACAAAGGGCAGGGUGUAAAAGUGUCCACUAUGACUUGGCUUUUAUCCUGGAUACCUCAUCCAGUGUUGGAAAGGAGAACUUCGAGAAGAUUAGGCAAUGGGUAUCCAACUUGGUGGAGUCUUUUGACGUAGCACUCGACAAGACAAGAGUAGCUGUGGUUCGCUACAGUGAUAGACCAACCACGGAGUUCAACCUGGGGCGGCACAAGACCCUGGAAGAAGUGAAGCGAGCUGCCAGUAACAUACGCUACCUGGGGGGAAAUACAAUGACUGGGGAUGCUAUCAACUACACGACCAGCAACAUCUUCACAGUGCAGAAUGGCGCAAGGCCGAUCGCCAAAGGCAUUCAGAGGGUGGCCAUCCUUCUCACAGAUGGCCGAAGCCAGGAUUAUGUUCUGCAGCCCUCUAAGACAGCUGCCAAAGCUAGCAUCAGGAUGUUUGCUGUGGGCAUAGGGGAGGCUCAGAGGGAGGAGCUGGAAGAGAUUGCAACUGAGCCAAAGAAUGCUCAUGUCUUCCAUGUAACAGACUUCAAUGCCAUUGACAAGAUCAGGGACCGGCUGAGGAGGAGGCUGUGUGAGAAUGUCCUGUGUCCAAAUAUGAAGGUUCAGCCUGAUCGGUUUAAGCCCAGCAGCACCAGUUAUGGUCUUGAAGAGGUUCCAGGAUUUGACCUGAUGGAGUAUUUUAAUGUGAGGGAUAUUCUGGGAACCAGAGCUGAUGAUGGCCAAAGUUCAUAUGUUCGUCUUGGCACCAUGCCCAUAGUGCAACAAACAGAAGAUGUGUUUCCUCAAGGGCUGCCAGAUGAAUAUGCCUUUGUGACCACGUUUAAAUUCAGGAAAACCUCAAGACGUGAAGACUGGUACCUCUGGCAGGUUUUUGACAAAUAUGGAAUUCCACAGGUGUCUAUCCGUCUGGAUGGUGAGAACAAGGCGGUGGAGUAUAAUGCUGUGGGCCUUACAAAAGAUGCUGUCAGAGCUGUGUUCAAAAACCCUGAGGUCGACAACCUGUUUGACCGCAACUGGCACAAGAUUGCCCUCAGUGUGGAGGCCAAGUCUGUGUCACUGUACUUGGACUGCAAACACAUCCAGACGCUGCCCAUAGAAGACAGAGAGGACAUUGAUAUCCAGGGAAAGACAGUGAUUGGGAAAAGGCUGUAUGACAGUGUGCCAAUUGAUUUUGACCUCCAAAGGAUGAUGAUUUACUGUGAUUCCAAGCAUGCUGAGCUGGAGACCUGUUGUGAUCUACCCAAUGGACCUUGCCCUAAGAAAGUUGUGACGGAGGCUCCCCCCAUCGAGAUCCCCACUCCAAAACCUACCAGCGUUGAGCAGCAACGAGGCCCUCAAGUGAACUGCUCGUGCCCUGGUGGAGAGAAGGGAAGCAUGGGGGCACCCGGUGUUGCAGGCCCUAAGGGUGAAAAGGGUGACACUGGCCCUAAGGGUGCUAUCGGACCACCUGGCCUCAAAGGGGAAAAAGGAGAAACUGGCACUGUAUUCUCUGUCAAAGGUGACAGAGGUGAGAAGGGUGAUAGAGGCAGCAUAGGGUUGGCAGGUGCUCCUGGACAAAAGGGAGAGAAGGGAGUGGGUGGCAUCCCAGGCAUUGACGGUUUAUCUGGAGACAAAGGCGACAAAGGUGAAGCAGGACGGGCUGGUGAUCCAGGGCUACUGGGUCCAGCAGGACCAAGGGGACUUCAAGGGGAUGCAGGAAUUCCUGGUGUACCAGGACCAAAAGGUGUCACUGGUGACUCAGGUACAAAAGGUGAAAAGGGAACACCAGGAGCCAGGGGUGACCCAGGUCUGGAUGGAUUACCUGGAAAGCCUGGCUUUCCUGGGAAAGAUGGUUUGAGAGGACUGGCCGGAACACCUGGGCCCAGCGGGGGUAAAGGUGAUAAGGGGGAGAGAGGUCUUCCCGGAUUACCUGGGGAUAUGGUGCAAACAGAAGGCUUACGGGGUGAAAAGGGAGAGCCUGGACUGCCAGGGCCUCCAGGGGCUGAUGGACCCCCAGGGCCUGCAGGUCCUCCCGGUCCACAAGGUUUACCUGGUGAACCUGGAGAGUUUGGCCAGAGGGGAAGGAAAGGUGAAAGUGGACUCCCAGGGGUGGAUGGCCUUCCUGGACCUCCUGGACCCAUAGGUCCACCCGGACCACCAGGAACCCAAGGACAAACUGGACCUCCUGGUCUGCCUGGUGAAAUUGGAUUUCCAGGCAAAAUGGGUGAGCCUGGAAAACCUGGUCUUCCUGGUAAAGAUGGUCUGGAUGGUCUUCCUGGAAAUGACGGUGCCAUGGGGCCCAGGGGAGAGCGUGGAGCAGAUGGUUUUCCUGGCAAGCCUGGAUCUAAGGGUGACGAGGGGCCUCCUGGACCAAGAGGACCACCAGGGGAGAGAGGAGAAGCCGGUGCCCCUGGACAGCCAGGUGUUGAUGGAGCAAGAGGUGACCGAGGUGUUCCGGGAGAGAGAGGACUGACGGGGCCAGUUGGACCAAAGGGUGAAAAAGGCAACAAGGGUGAAGUGGGAGAUAGGGGACCGCCGGGUAUCCCGGGAAAUGUUGAAAAUGUGAUCCCUGAGCCUGGUGAACCAGGGAGACCUGGAGAGAAAGGAGAGAAAGGCGAUCAAGGGAAACCAGGAGAGAUGGGUCCAAGAGGACUACCUGGUGAACAAGGUUUUAAGGGACCAGCUGGACCACUGGGGCCAAAGGGUGAAAUUGGACUUACGGGAGAGACGGGGCGUGUUGGAGACCCUGGUCCACCUGGCAUAGCUGGCCCUCAGGGUCCACGUGGACUACCAGGAAAUGUGGGCAUACCAGGGAUUAUUGGGCCUCCAGGUCCAGCUGGACAAAGAGGAGACAAGGGUGAACCUGGUAAACCAGGACAACAAGGUCCUGCUGGCCCACCUGGAGAGCCUGGUUUGACUGGACCUCCUGGUCUGCCUGGGAAGGGGAAAGAUGGGCAAAAUGGAGAACCAGGACCACAGGGAAUCCAAGGACCCCCAGGGCUGAAGGGUCAACCGGGGUCAAGAGGAGAACCUGGGUUACCAGGUGACAGGGGUCCUGCAGGAGAAGGCAAAGUGGGACCACCGGGGCCUUCAGGACAAACUGGCCCACCUGGACCUGCGGGUUUGAGGGGUCCACCAGGUGUCGCUGGUCCUCAAGGCCCACCAGGUCACAAUGGUCUACCAGGAAGGCCAGGAGAAAAGGGCUCACCAGGAGAGCCUGGAAAGCCACCAGAUUUUGAUCCAAAGGUUUUUUGCUCAGACUGCCCUGCAGGCCCACCGGGCUCACCAGGACUCCCAGGAAUCCCAGGAGAUAAAGGACAACAGGGACCUCCUGGGAAAAAUGGCCAAGAUGGAUACCAAGGCCCGCCAGGACCAGCCGGACUUCCAGGGCCCUCCGGAGCUGAUGGAGGAAAGGGUAUAAAAGGUGAUCGAGGACCUCCUGGAAACCCCGGAGACAAAGGAGACAAGGGUCACCCAGGACCUCCUGGCCAUCCAGGUCCUUCUGGAUUAAUGGGUACACCUGGUAACGAUGGACAGCCUGGCCCUGUGGGCCCCCCAGGACCCCCUGGAGAAAAGGGCAAAGAAGGUCUCAAAGGAAUCCAGGGACCACCAGGUCUCCCUGGCUUGAUAGGGCAGCCUGGGAAAAUGGGAAAAGAUGGCAGACCAGGUGAACCGGGAGAAUCUGGCAAACAAGGUGAGCCUGGACCUCCAGGAAACCCAGGCCUCAGAGGACUCCCUGGCUUUAAAGGCCACAGAGGAGAACCUGGAGUUCCAGGAUCUAAGGGAGAAGAUGGAAAGCCUGGAUCACCUGGACAUGAUGGCAAACCUGGGAAAGAAGGCCCCAGAGGACCUCCAGGCCUGGAAGGACUUAUAGGACCAAGAGGAGAGUCGGGCAAGCCAGGUGAACCAGGACCAUCAGGAAAAUCAGGUCUCCCUGGAACACCAGGUCUUAGGGGAGACAAGGGAGAGCCUGGCAAUCCAGGAUUACCAGGCUUUAGCGGGCCAAAAGGCCCUGCGGGUCCACCAGGUCCAAAUGGCCCAGAAGGCAAACAGGGAAUGCAAGGCAGAGCUGGUGACCGUGGUGUCAAAGGAGAGAAGGGAGAUCCAGGUACAAAAGGAGAUAAAGGACAAGGAGGAGAGCCCGGUAUGCCUGGAAACCCUGGACCCCCUGGCAGGAAGGGCCACACGGGGAUGAUGGGCAUGUCAGGACCACCAGGAGAAAUAGGAGCCCCAGGGCCACAAGGACCUUCAGGAAACCCUGGCCUUCCAGGGCCCAGGGGAGAGUCAGUGUCACUGGAGCAGAUGAGGCGGCUCGUCCAGGAGGAGCUGGCAAAACAGUUAGAUGCCAAAUUAGCUUAUCUCAUGGCUCAGAUCCAGCCAGCACAUGUGAAAAGUACAGCAGGCCGCCCUGGACCUCCAGGCCCUCCAGGUAAGGACGGCAGCUCUGGACGCCCUGGCCCCCCUGGAGAACCCGGUUUGCCCGGACAGAGUGGAGGAGAAGGACCAAGGGGACCCAUGGGCCCUAAGGGUGAGAAAGGAGCAAGGGGAGAAAAGGGAGAGACUGGUAUUGGUGAAAGAGGAGAACAAGGCCCUCCUGGCCCCAUAGGCCCAGCAGGUAUGCCCGGUUAUGGCAAAGAUGGAAGCCCGGGACAAGCUGGAGCCCAGGGAGAGCCAGGAAACCCCGGCCCCCACGGUCAGCCUGGGCCUCCAGGUCCUCCCGGCCAGUGUGACCCCACCCAGUGUGCUUACUACGCGAGCCUGGCACAAAGACCCCACAGCAAAAAUGUGAAGGGGACUUAAAGAAGAAGAGCCAUGCAGAGUUGGGAGACCGGCUGUAUUUAUGAACUCUGAAUCAAGAACUUUUUUUUUUUUUUUUUUUUUAAAGGUCGCCUCAGUACAGAGGGUUCAAGCGACGGGUGCUGCCGGUCAGAUUCUAUGUUUUGUCUUUGGUAUGAAGCUCGUGAUGGAUGGAUGGGGAUUAAGCAACAUGGGAGUUUCUUUCUGAUCUAUUAUGGGAUAAAGAGGGCAGCUAAACAGUUUUUCCCUCACUUGCAUGCUUCCUGUAAAAUAUAUAGGGAGAUAACAAGGAUGGUGCGGCCCGCCCAACAUCAGGAGUAAAGAUCCUGCUGUUUGAUAUUGUAUCGUUUCAUCAGUAAUCAUCUCAAUCGGGCACUUUGCUGCUUGCCUCGCACCGUUCUGCAUCGGUUACCCUUCACAGCCCACAUCAGGCAACAUGUGUCCGUCACUGCUCACUAAAUCAGUGACUGACACAGUCUGAUGGUAAUUACUCACUAUCAGUUUUACUGCCAUUGAUUGGAAAAAGGGGUGGCAGACAGCGUGAGGCAAACAGCAGCAGCGAUUUUGUGUCGGAGAAGCUUUAAUCAGUUAAAGUGAUGAAUGGCCACAUUUUCCUCCACAACUUGCAUGUAUGUCGCCUUGGUUUGGGUGACUCCGGGAUGCAAAAAAACACACAGAAAAAUAAAAUACCUUUUAGAGAAAUCCAACCCUAAAGUAGCUCGCAGUUUGCUUGAUUUAUUUAGACAGGAAGGAAACAAGAUUUUAUUCUGGGAAUAAACUGGAAGAGGUAGAAAUGACCUAUCUGUCAUAACCCACAAAUUAGCAUCUCUGUAAAUGUCAUUUCAAGCUUUGGGAGAGAUUUGAAGGAUUUCAUUCCAGAAGUCUUGUUUAUAUGUGCAUGUGACAUUUAAAGGUGGAUAUCUGAUUGUUUUUUUUUUUAAGGACUUCGUUUAAGUUUGCUUUUUUUUUGACCAGAAUAUAUCCCAUAUAAUGAUUUGUUCCAGAAGUUGAGACAACAUGCAGCGUCGCUGUUAGAUUUGUACUUUCAUGUUUAAUGAAGGCGCUCUGGUCACUCUGAGCAGCAAACAGCUUUGAGGAGGUGGUAUAAUUGCAGCCUUUGUUCACCUUUCUUGAAAAACAGCUUAUUUCACACUGCUUUCCCUAAAUGUGUCACUUCCUCUCUGUCUCAGUGAUGCUUACAUUAAGUGCCUGCUCUAAAAACACGCAGCUUUUUUUAUUUGUACCCUGGCAACUGAAACUGGAGAGCUGCUCUCCUGCAUCUUGAUGAUCAGACCAUCGUGGUAACAGUUUAAACAAUGUCUUUGCCUUUUGUCCCUCAUGGACCAAUUAGACUUCUCUGCAACUUCAGACACCCUGGUUAUCUAGAACCUAUUAAAAAGCCCCCAGUAAAGAUGUAACAAUGGUGUUCAUUUGAAAAGCAUGAAGAAACACACCCAAGGACCACAGAAGAAAAAUGAAAGAGUUUCUAGAGAAGAGUAAAGGCAUUUAUUAUGAUCUAGUGACUGGUUAUACUUAUUCAUCAGCUCUUAAGUUACAUCAUGGAAGGUCAUUCAUGAAGAGAGUGAAGAUGGGGCUCUGACAACACUAAGAUUUUGAACAUGCUGGUGAAGCUGACUGGAGUUUUAAGUUUCAGUUUUUCUGAGGCUGCUCUAAAGGCAGAAGUCAAAUAAAUUUUUGAGUUAAAGUUACUCUAUGGCAGUUUUGGAAAAUGGAAAAACACAGUUUUCAUGUUGCAAAUGAAAGUGUGUAAUCCAUAAUCCAAAGAGGAGUUCCUAGCCUUGAAAGCUAGCAAACGGUCAGUGUAGCGGGCCGUAGAGUUAGCAUUUGUAUGGAAAAUCUCUGCAAAAAAAGGAGUCAUUGUUGAAAACUUGUCAGUAGAUGGCUGGAUGACUCUUCUAGCACAGCCCUAUAGUUGAAAAUAAUAGAAUCUAGCAAUUGUCAUGCCAGCCACUGGACUGUGAAGACUUAACUUCUGGAAACUGGACAUGACAAGGGGAGAUCUGACUGAGAAACCCAAGGAUAACCACACAUGAAUAUGGCAGUGACUUCUUAGUCACAGUGUCAGAUAUUCCUUAAGGCAUGCUCUGCUUUAUCCUUUUUUUUUACUCUAUUUGCAAAUUACAUAAUGUACAUGAUGUGUACUGAAGACUGAAAAGUAGUGACUGAGACCAUAAACUCAUUAUGAAAGUCUUUACUGAGGUCAUAAAGUGAGCAGAAGGGUAAUUUUCUCAUAGAUUUAUAAUACAAUUAGACUUCUGUUUGCAGCCACAUGCUGGCCAUUAGAAAGAAUGCAUGUGUGCGAUAGAGAUCUUGUGGAUCCUUUAAUCCAGCUGUUUCACAUGCUACCGUACUCCUUGCAUAUGUCUGCAAAAUAUCCAUAAAUUCCAAGGUAGCUUGCUUUUAGCUGGCAUUAAUUAAUACCAAAAAAAAAAAAAAUGGUUUCAUCCAGUAGAUUAAAUAGCUAGCUUAGAAAUGCCAAGCAAAAACUGCUCGUUUUUAUUUCAGCUUGAACUCAACCAAUGCCUUCAGAGGAGCUCUUAUAUUGAGAGCUGGAAUACGUGAUGGCUCCUUUCUUGAGUGUAGCAAACACCUUUAAAUACAAUGCAAAUCAAUCACACACCAUGUGGACAUUUGUGACCUGCUCUUUCUGCCAUUUCCAUAUGUUUGCUAACAUCUGUUUGCUAUUGAACAAUCUGUAUGGCUGUCUGAUGAUUUUGUAAAUGCUUGUUACAACCACAUCAGUAGACUUGGGAUGGUAUUUGUAAUGCAUAAAGGCUUUAACUUGUACUGUUAUACUUCUAAAUUAUUCAUGAUUAGAACAAAUACAGUCAUGUUCUAAUCCAUUAACUGCAAUUUAGUAACCCAUUCCCAAUCUUUUCGUGAUAAAUUGGUGCUAAGAUAUUUUAAAGUAGUAGCAUAU